AUGUCGCUGCGCCAAGCGACAAGAAUACGCCUCCCCCACUCUCCAAGACCACCAAUAACCCUCCCCUCGCGGCACGCAAGCGCGCGCAACACGCCCCCGAGGGGAGGCCACCUCCCUCCCCCAAAGCUAGGCCUGCGGCGCGGCUCGCUCGCGGCGCAGCUCCGCAGCAUUGACAGCUGGGAGGCGCGCCGGGUCAGCACGACAGACUGGGACAAGGGCAAGGGCCAGCCGGGCUCGGCGGACGAGCGCAAGUGGCCCGCGGGGCCGAGUUGGCGGGAUAUCGUCGACCUCGCGCACCCUCCGCGCAUCGUGCGGAAGGUCAAGCUCGUCCACUCUGAAGCCGACGACCCAGGCCACAACGUCGCGACCCACGGCCCGCGCAAGCCGAUCAGCACGGUCGUGUCCCCCUUCUUCCAUCUCCGCGCGGUGCCCUCGCUCCGGAGCGACGCGGCGCGCAGGCUCGCGCAGUCUGCGGCCGACGGGGGCGCGAUCAAGAUCAGCAUGUUGCCCAUCGCUACCAAGACCGGGGUGUCCAAGCUCGCCGUGGAGAGGAAGCAUGCGCGCGGGCGGUUCUUGAAGGCGGCGAAUAUCGUGCUUAACCACACUGGCGGGCGACUGCCCGUCGUCUCUGGCUGGGCAUACACUGUCGUCCUGAAUGAGCGUACUUAUAACGCGCCGUUUGCCGAGCUCUGCGCGGCGAUCGAGAGCGCGUUUACUCGGUGUGGCGAGGAUAAGGACGCUGCUGUCGAGGCCGACAAACCCAACGUCUUUGAACGCAGGCCGAUACAGCGGUACGAGGAGAUACAGGCCCGGUCGACGACCACCAGGGCUGCGCCGACGACGACCAGGCCUGCACCGACAACCACCCGGCCCGCGCCGACGACCACCAGGCCAGCGCCGAAGACCACCAAGCCUGCACCGACGACCACCGGCUCGGGCAAGAUUAUGCUCAGGGCCAAGCCGCCUCUGCUGAGGCGGGGUGCACUGUCCCUGCCGAAGAAGUAG